UCAAUUUUCUCCAUUUAAGAAUUAAAUUUGUCGUUUAUUGCCCCCAUUAUUUUAUCAUAUUUUCACUAUUCACUCCCUCUGCCUCGGUUUUGUAAACCCCUCCAGAUUUGAAUCAGGAAGGAACUCUCCUCAUUCCUUCUCCUUCUCCUUCUCCUUCUUCUCUCGGGGAUAUAUUUGUAUCCGACUACCUCACUUUCAGUGGACCCUUUUCAAGUUGAAAGCUCUUCAACUCUUUCAUGGCGCUUACACUGUUAGCGACUUGUUGAAGAAUUUCUUUUUCCAGCUUUUUCUUUCUCACUGACGGCGGCAACAUUCCUCGUUUUUUUUUUUUUUUUCUUUUCUGUUAAAAAAGAUACAGCAUUGUCGAUUCUUGUGGAUUCUAGUGAUGGCUCAAAAACACUUGAGGGAGUUACUGCAGGACGAUCAAGAACCUUUCCUGCUUAAAAACUUCAUUGCCGAUCGCCGGUUACAGCUCAAGCGAUCGUCGCCCAACACCCAGUUAAAAGUCAAAAAACAAAGACCCGUCUCGACUAGCUCCAGCUUCCCAGAAAAUUUCUGCAAGAACGCUUGUCUUUUCUCCUUCCAUGAGUCUCCCGACCUGAGGAAAUCUCCUUUGUUUAGUUUCCCAUCUCCGGCGAAGAGCCCCUGCAGAAGUCCCAACACAAUAUUUCUUCACAUUCCGGCAAGAACCGCUGCUCUUCUGCUUGAAGCAGCUCUUAGAAUUCAGAAACAGUCAUCGUCAUCAUCGUCUAAAGCCAAAACUCAGAACAAAAGCAACGGGUUUGGGCUAUUUGGGUCCAUUUUGAAGAGACUAACUCAUCGGAAUCGGAACCGUAAGCGUGAGAUUGUCGGUGACGGUGUUAAGGUGUCGGUGAAAGAUAUCUUGAGGUGGGAUUCUUCAGUAGGACGUAAUAGAGUUUGCAGUGAGAGAAGAAGCAACGAAAUAAAGAAGGAAAAAAAGGUGGGUGUGGAGGAAGAGAAAAGUGCUUAUGAAACGGGCUUUUCUUGUGCCUGCAACGGUAGACCUAGCAGUGCUGUUUGGUCGGAGAGCAACGAGGAGAAAUCUUUAGACACCUCAAGCAGUAGCCAUUCCGAUGAUUAUGAAGAGAUUGAGUUAGCAUCAAAAAUCAUUUUAGGCAAUGCAAGUUUCGCGUCUUGCGAUAAUCACUUCUGUGAAAGCCCUUUUCACUUUGUACUCGAAAGAAGUCCUUCCCCCGGAUGCCGGACUCCGGACUUCUCGUCACCGGCGUCAUCCCCGACUCGCCGGAAAACAGAGGACGAAGAGAAUUACGAAGUGGAAAGCUUAAAGAAAUUACAGGUUGAAGAAGAAGAUGAAGAAGGUAAGGAGCAAUGCAGUCCAGUUUCUGUAUUGGACCCUCCUUUCGAGGACGAUGACGACGGACACGUGGACGAUGAGGAUGGGGACAACAACGAUUUCGAUCUUGAAUGCAGCUAUGCAAUUGUACAGAGAGCAAAGAAGCAGUUAUUGCACAAGCUGCGUAGAUUUGAGAAACUUGCUGGAUUGGACCCAGUGGAACUCGAAAAACAAAUGUUAGAAUCCGAGCAAGACAAAGACGAAGACGAAGACGAAGAUGAAGACGAAGACAUUGAUAAUGACAAUGACACAGAGGAAGAUGAGGACUACUCCGAACACCAUGAGUCAGUUUCAUUCUACAGUGAAACUGAAUUUGUCCAGCAAGUACUUAAAUCAAACUUCAAGAAUUCGAGACGAAUUCCCGGAGGGAUCAAGAGGUUGGUCUCCGACCUCGUCAGAGAAGAAGAAGAAGAAGAAGAAGAAGAAGAAGAAGAAGAAGGGACUUGUAAAAAUGGCAGCUGCCUUGACAGAGAAGUAGUGGUGAAGCGGGUGUGCAAGAGAUUGGAUUCAUGGAAAGAGGUGGAAUCCAACACCAUUGACAUGAUGGUGGAACAAGAUUUCAGAAAGGAACUCGAUGGGUGGAAAACGAACCACGAGCAGGUCCAAGAGACUGCACUGGAGAUCGAAUUCUCCAUUUUCAGAUUGCUGGUGGCGGAGCUGUCUGACGAACUGGUUUCAUUUACAUGAGAGGAGAAUUUUUGGAAGCUAUGAUGGUUAUUCUGUAUUGAAGUUUUGGUUUUUUGCUUAUUAACUUGUGAUUUUUCAAUAAUGUCAAGGAGUACAGUCUAACUCGGAACAACGAACAACGAAAUUAGGAAAAAAUUUUAGAAGAGAAAACGAUCCGAGGAGGAUCUGGUUUUUCUAGGCAGCAUAGUAGCUUAUUUAGUUAUAUAAUUAUAUGUAUAUGCUUCAUGUAUGUAAUAUGGGAGCUGUAUUUAUCCUCC